GCAAGUUUUUCUUUUUGCUUUUUCACCCCUUUUUAUUAUCUACCAGUAAAAAAAUAUAUAUAAUACAAAAUGGUUAUGGAAGCUUCAAUGAUUGUCGUCGACAAUUCCGAAUGGAUGCGUAAUGGUGACUAUUCCCCCACACGAUUAGUUGCACAAAACGAAGCCGUCAACCUCAUCUUUUCAUCUAAAACACAAUCGAAUCCCGAAAAUACUGUUGGCCUUAUGACGACAGCAGGAAAAGGACCGGAAGUUUUAGUCACAUUAACAACCGAUGUUGGUAAAAUCCUUACAGCUUUGCAUGCUGUUAAAGCGGGCGGUAAGCCUAAUUUUUUGACCAGUGUUCAAAUUGCCCAGCUUGCAUUGAAACAUAGACAAAACAGAAAUCAACGUCAAAGAAUCAUUGUAUUUGUCGCCAGUCCCGUUGAGAGUGAUGAAAAGGCACUUGUUAAACUUGCUAAGAAGCUUAAAAAGAAUAAUGUAGCAGUCGAUAUUAUCAAUUUUGGUGAAGAGGCUGAGAACACCUCCAGAUUAGAAGCCUUCAUUAAUAACGUGAACAACAGCGAUAACAGCCAUCUUGUCACCAUCCCUCCUGGACCCCAUCUUUUAAGUGAUAUGCUUAUUUCCACCCCUAUCGUUGCUGGUGAGGAUGGUGCUUCGGGUAACUUUGGUGCUAGCAGUGGUGGUGACUUUGAAUUCGGUAUUGAUCCCAGUCUUGACCCUGAGCUUGCCUUGGCUUUACGUAUUUCGCUUGAAGAGGAAAAGGCACGUCAAGAGGCAGAAGCAGCAAAGAAUGGAGGUGGAAGUAGUUCAAAGGAAGGAGAAUCCUCUUCCGCUAUGGCAAUAGAUUCACAACCCGAACAUAACGACGAGGAUGCUGAGCUUCAAGCUGCUUUAGCAAUGUCAAUGAAUGAUGGUCCCGUUCAAGACGAAGACGAGACUAUGGAAGAUUUAAAUGAAGAAGAUGCUCUUCAAAGAGCACUGGAAAUGUCCAUGAACGAAGGUGAAGAAAAUAACGAAGACGAAGAAAUGAUGUCGGCAGUAUUAGGUUCUUUACCUGGUGUUGAUAAGAACGAUGAACGUAUCCAAAAGGCAUUGGAGGAUAUGGAUAAAAAGAAGGACGAAAAGAAAUAAACUAAAAAAAUAUAAAUAAAGCCGAUUAAAUAAACGCUCACAAUUAAAUAAUA